AUGACGACUUCCGGUUUUGAAGGUGUAGAAAACAGAUUAGAGAUUGUGUUCAAGAAUUCUAUGGGAGAGUCACUGCAUUCCACCUUGAGGGAAGAUAUAUGGAACGUAAUCUUGCAGCUUGUGGACUGCAAGAUUGAAGAUCGUUUGCUUUCUCAUUCCGUCAAUACAUAUCUUCUCUCAGCGUCAACUAACUUCACCGUUGCAAUUGGUGGAUUGGUGGAAUCUGUGAUCAGUUGUUUUGAUCCAGUUAACUUCACCGUUGCAAUUGUGGGCAGCUCUAAAUGUUCCAAAGUUUUGAAAGUGAGGAACAAAGUUGUGCAAUGGAUGGAUGUCAAACCGGUAGGAGCUUGGGAUAAAUUGUAA